CCGAGUUCCUGCGGUGCCGCAGACACCCAGCAGUUCUCUGCGAACUCCGCCGGACAGACGCAGCGGCACACAUCGUUCGUGGACGGGAAGCGAAUUCCUGCUGGUUCACCGGCGCCUUUUUCGCGAAAGGCGGUCCUUCUGUCCGUUUCCUGGCCACGCACGUGAAUGAUCCAUACGGUCCCCAAGCGACAGUGGGAAGCCUCUGGUCAAAGCUGGGCCCCCGGCGUAGCUUGCGCGCUCCUGCCGAGGCGCUGACACACUGAACCGGGGCCCGUCAGCCUGCUGCCCGUCAGCGGUUCAGGUCAACGGCUCUGGUUCAUUGAAAACGGCUCACCCGAUCUACGAGAAGGAGGCUCGAGACCUCCCUGAGACAACGUUUCCUCGAGGAAGGACGCCUGCGGGGAACUAGCGAUAAGGCUGUUCCUCCUCCUCCCCCACCGAGCCCGCUGCUUGGUCUGCUGCGGCCCCCGCUGCUGCUGCGACCAGGGACCGUCGAAGGUUUCGGCGCCGCGCUAUAAAGCCGAGGCCGCCACCGUGCCCGGCACCAUGGGCAAGGAAGUCGUGCUCGAGUCAUCCGGAGUCGUCCACCGCCACCAGCACCACCACAAGCACCGCGCCGGCGACCACCACUCGCUCAACAAGAAGCACUGCCCGCCGAGGGUCAAGCAGCCGCGCAGCGUCUCCAAAGGCACGACUCGAACAGCCAUGCGACACGACGCCAUCCUCUUCAGCAACCUCAAGCCCCGGGAGUUCGCCCAGGAAGUCGUCGGCAAGACCAACAAGGAUGACCUGGACAACCCGUUCUACAUCGUGGACAUUGACGACCUACUCUACAAGGUCGACCUAUGGCGCAAGUCUGUGCCACGGGUGAAGGCUUUUUACGCCGUCAAGUGCAACGACAACCCGAUCGUGCUCGAAGUGCUCGCGGGCCUGGGCCUGGGCUUCGACUGCGCCAGCCUCGCCGAGAUCGAGACCAUCAUGUCGCUCGGCGUGGACCCGUCGCGCAUCAUCUACGCCCACCCGCAGAAGCACGUCACCUACCUGCACCGCGCGCACGAGCUCGGCGUCGACCUCAUGACCUUCGACUGCGCCGAGGAGCUGUACAAGGUAAAGGAGCACCACCCGUGCGCUCGCCUGGUGCUGCGUCUCAAGGUCGACAACAAGAAGGCCUGGUUCGCCAUGGGCGACAAGUUCGGCUGCUCCGAGGCCGAGGCCAUCAACCUGCUCCACCUGGCCAAGGACCUCGACCUGACCGUCGUGGGCGUGUGUUUCCAUGUGGGCAGCGGCAACCAAGACCCGGGAGCCUUCACGGGAGCCAUAGCGGCCGCGAGACGGACGUUCGACGCUGGGCGCGACCUCGGCUUCGACCUGAGGCUGCUAGACAUCGGAGGCGGUUAUGAAGGGGAGAAGGGCUUCGAGACAGUCUUCCUCAAGACUGCGGACAUCAUCAACGCAGGCCUGGACAAGCACUUCCCAGAAAGCUACGGCGUCAGCAUCAUCAGCGAGCCGGGCACAUUCUUCGUGGCAUCCGCCUUCACCAUCUACACGAAGAUCAUCGGCAAGCGGUUGAACGAAAGCUACGACGAUACAAAGCCCAAAGAGCGCAUGUACUAUGUCAACGAAUCUGUCUACAAGUCUUUCGUUGUCUCGCUCUUCAAUGAUGAACCUGUUGAGCCAGAGUCACUACAGGAUGGUGAAGGGCCACUGCUCUCUAGCAUAGUGUGGGGCAUCACCUGUGAUGGCGUGGACAAGAUCAAGGCCGUCUGCAAGCUUCCCGAUCUGGCAGUUGGCGAGUGGCUCUAUUUUGAGAACAUGGGCGCCUACACACUGACCAUCAACUCUCCGUUCAACGGCUUUCCCAAUGCGGAUGUGCACUACCGCGCAAGCAAGAUUGUUGAGGACCACCUGCGGAGAAAGAAGCUCAUCCUUUCCAUUCUGGACACCGCUUGACAGGGCCCUACUCAUUCCUACACAGUACUCAAGUUUUUAUACUGUCAAAGUGACCUCCAGUCACAUGGUCCAGACAAUGACUUCAAGAUCUGGCGUGACUGCCACAUGCAAGGGGCCCACUUGCACGCAAUGGUGUCGUUCGCAAAAGGACCACCAGACAAAAAUGCUCCAAAGACAAAUUCGAACGACCUGUUGAAGGGCAGGAGAGGGUUCCACUGAAGCUAGAAUUAGCCAACUGUCCUUUAAGCGCAAAGCCGGCAUUUAGACUGUUCGCGAGAUUUCUUUUGCAGUGUCAGUGUGUAAAGAGGAGUUGCAACACCUGGAGAAUGACAGCUGCGAUUAUGUUUAGUUAUCGCAUGGUACUAUCUUUUACGAAAGAGGGAAGCUGUCACCCACCAAGUAGUCGUACAAAGCUAAAGAGGAAGCAUUUGUACAGAAAUUAUUUGCAAUAUUCAGGAUUACGCUUCAAGUCGUAGAUCAAAUUGUCAUCGCUCAGCAACCUGCUAGCAUGUGAUAAAGCAGGCACCCCGGACAGGCGCUGAUCUCAGGGUCAAUCCCUUUACUAGAAUAAAUUUUUCUUGAACUGUGAAGCUUUCCUGCUGUAAAACCCAUGUGUUUCCUUUGUAGCUUUGUGAUACUUUUGGUUGGACAGCAAUCAUCUCCUUUCGUGAAUAUUUGUCUGCCUUGCAUAUUUCCACAGAACUUAUUUUACAUACUGUAUUAAUUUUAACCUUUUUUGCGAGUUUUAUAAAAGCAACUCAGGAUAAUAAUUCGUACAAUUCUUCCCAGCAGGAUUUUUAAACACCAACGCUCAAUAUAAUGGUAAGCAGUGAUGGUUUGCCUUUGAUGGAAUAAGUUAACAAUGAGACUGGUAGUUGUUUACCACUCAGCAAGACAAAAAGUCAUUCAUAGAUGAAAACAUGAACUGGAAGUAUAGCUUAAAAGGCAAGGACUGCUGAAAUUACAGGGUUAUCUCGAUUUAUUUCACAAUAACAUCUGGCUAGCCAGGAUCAAGGAGCAAUGAGAAUUUACUUGUUGAGCGUUUAAACAAAAAGCUACGAAAAUACAUUUUAUGCUGUUUGACCAUGGACAGUUAUCCUGCUGGCUGGCUCAAUAAAGAUUUUGUUCAGAA